GAUUUAAUACCAAAUGGACGUAAUACAGUUAUUGUUACGGAAAAGACCAAACUUGAAUAUAUUAGGCUCAUGUGUCAAAUGAAAAUGACUGGAGCAAUUUAUAAGCAGUAAGUAAAUUUUCCAAAAUUAAGUCUAUUCUUGGAAGGAUUUUAUGAUAUUAUGCUUAAACGACCAAUUUUCAUAUUUAAUGAACAAGAACUUGAACUAUUGAUCAGUGGCUUGCCUACUGUAAAUAUCUUAAAGGAGGAUCUUAAAGCAAAUAUUGAGUAUCAUAAAUACACUGCUACGUUUUUAUAGAUUCAAUGGUUCUGUGCAUUGCGAGGUUUUAAUCAAGCGGAUUGUUCGAAGUUCUUACAAUUCAUCACUGGUACAUCUAAAGUGCCGUUACAAGGUUUCGCUGCGUUAGAAGGCAUGAACGGCAUACAAAAGUUCCAAAUUCACAUAGAAGACAAGUUGACAGACAGGCUUUCAUUUGCACAUAUUUGUUUCAAUCAACUGGAUUUGCCAGUGUACGAGACGUAUGAUAAACUCUGAACAAAUCUACUCAAGGCGACUUACGAAUGCACCAAAGAAUUUGGAUUUGCAUAAGCUUACCAGAAUUUGCUCCUGUACAAUUUCGAUUUCAUGCGUUCAAUCGAUGAUAUUCUAGAUACCAAACUUAUGGUUGGAUCUUUACAGCCAG